UUUUGGGAUGAUAAGCUUACCGACGAGGAGAUGGAUCUGAUUUGUGGAUCAUACGAGGUUGCAACAGGUUUUGUUUCAAAGCAGGGUCAACAACAAACCGCGAUCAAGUCUUGGUGGCCUCGUUCAGGCUCCUGGCGAUCCUGUGGCCUAAAUUGUGGAUACUGGUCCAGAGAUGCAGAAGAUUGGUUCCAAAAUCGUUUGGACCAAAUU